AUGGCAGCGGGGGGGGCCCCCUGCUGGGCAGGGCUCGUCGGGGAGGCUCCUGCUGGUGCUGCUGCUGCGAGAGGGUGGGAAGAGGCGCUUGCCCCCCGCAUGCAGCAGCAGCAGCAGCAGCAGCAGCGGCAGCAGCGGGUGGAGAAGCAGCUGCAACAGGAGCAGUCGCUGUUGCUGCAGUUGUUGCAGCAGCAACAUCAGGAG